AUGACAGAGUCACGCCUUUUCCAGCCCAUGAAGAUCGGCAACAUCAAAGUCCAACAUCGCAUUGGCAUGGCCCCUCUUACACGUCUUAGAGCAAGCAUUGACCGUGUACCCAACGCCCUUAUGAAGGAGUACUACGGCCAACGCGCUUACAUACCUGGUACUCUUAUCAUAACCGAGGGUACUCUUGUCUCUCCUGCUGCAGGUGGAGGUUUCGCCAGAACACCUGGAAUCUGGAACAAAGAGCAAGUCAGCGCCUGGAAAGAGAUCACAGAUGAGGUGCACCGCAAGGGCAGUUUCAUCUUUGUACAAUUAUUUGCAAUGGGUCGUGCUGCAACUGUCGAAGUUGCGAAAGAUGAAGGAAUAGACAUUAUCGGACCGAGUGCAAUCCCGAUUGAAGGCAGUCCCGCGCAACCUCGGGCGAUGACCUUGAAUGAGAUUCAUGAAAUGAUCCAGGCAUUCGUAACUGCAUCGGAGAAUGCUAUCAAAGCCGGCUUCGAUGGUGUUGAGAUCCAUGGUGCCAAUGGCUACCUGCUCGACCAAUUCCUCCAAGACGUCAGCAACCAGCGUAACGACAAGUACGGCGGCAGCAUUGAAAACAGGUCUCGCCUUAUCACUGAGAUCCUGGAACGCGUUGUACAAGCCAUAGGCUCAGAGCAGGUUGGUAUUCGUCUCAGUCCAUGGAGUACGUUCCAGAGCAUGCGCAUGAAAGACCCAAUCCCUCAGUUCACAGACGUCAUCAACAAGACAGGCCAUUUGAACUUGGCCUACAUCCACCUCAUAGAGUCCCGCAUCUCAGGCAGCCAAGAUUGUCAAGAUCAUGGCAGUGAGAAGCUCGACUUUGCAUAUGAUCUCUGGAAGGGAACUUUUCUUAUUGCCGGUGGGUAUAAACUCAAAGAAGCGGAGAGGCUCGUUGAUGAAGAACAUCCCGACAAAGAGAUCAUGGUCAUGUUUGGAAGGAACUUCCUGGCGAACCCGGACUUGGUGUAUAGAUUCAAGGAGGGCUUGGAACUUAACCCCUAUGAGAGGAAGACGUUCUACAACAGCGAUGUCGAGGGUUAUGUCGAUUACCCGUUUGCCGUUAGAAAGGACGCCGUGGUCUAG